AUGGCCUCUCGAAGCCUGAACAUGCCGCGGGCUGCCCUCUGCGUCACUGGCUUGGUUUUCCUGUUGGGACUUGUCUAUCUGUACCAGCCUCUGCUUGGCUCAAGAUCUGACCCGUUCUUGGACACCUCGUCUCCAAACCAAAACCAAGCUCCAACUACAAUCGUCACCAACUUUGAGCCCAAAUUGACGACAGACCUGGUUCAGUACUUUGAGGAUUUCCCGCUGGACCCGCCCUACAAGGAGCGUUUCGGCGAGCUCGGCCGACGUACCAGACUGCUCAGAGACCUGCUGGUGUCAGCAGAUAAUAACCAUGCACCGUCUCAGAGGAACACCCUGCUUGAGAUCGUCGACAAGACCGCCCUUAUACUAUUUCCAUUCUUGAAGGCACCGCGAACGGGUCCACCAUCGGUAGGCGGACUAUCGCAUCUUCGCUCGACGAUUGUGCCUGGCUCGGUGGGGAUAGUGAUCCCAGCCGGCAACAACAACGUGCGGUUCGCAGCCCAUCUGAUAUCCUCGCUCCGGAAUGUGUUGAACUCCGAACUGCCGAUCCAAAUCGUCUACGCCGGCGACGGUGACCUGUCCGCGGCCAACAGGCAUUUCCUCGCGGAGCUUGUGGCGUCGAGCGGCCAGGCUCUCGAUUUCCUGGAUAUCCUGACAGUCUUCGAUGACACGACACUUAAGCUCCGAGAAGGGGGGUGGGCCAUCAAGCCAUUCGCGGUACUGGGGAGCAGGUUCGAGAAGGUGAUCCUCCUCGAUUCCGACGCGGUCUUCUUGCAGAAGCCAGAGGCUCUUCUCGACCACCCCGGAUUUCAGCGCACUGGGGCCCUCCUCUUCCGAGAUCGGUUGCUCUGGCAGCACGCGUUCUCGGACAGGCAUCAAUGGUGGCACAGCCAGAUCAAGCGGCCGAGCGCAGAACUAAACACUUCGCUCGUCUGGACGCAAGAGUACGCCGAGGAGGGGGACUCUGGCGUAGUGGUUGUGGAUAAAAGCCGGACCGACGUCUUCAUGGGGCUUCUUCACAUCUGCUGGCAGAAUUCUAACGACGUCCGGGAGGAGAUCACGUACAAAAUCACGUACGGCGACAAGGAGACCUGGUGGAUGGGGUUUGAGCUGGCCGGAUCGUCCUAUGACAUGGAGAAGCACUACGGUGCCAUAGUUGGCUGGGAGACUGAGAUCGAGCAUGAAUCGGAAACCCCGGAGGGCGACAAGGAAAAGCGGGCCGACCCCUCGACGAAGAAAGUGUGCAGCUUCGUUAUCGCCCAUGUGGACGAGGAGGAGAAGCUGAUCUGGUAUAAUGGUGGUCUGCUCAAGAACAAGAAGAUUCCCGAGAUGAAGCACGAGUACGCCGUCCCCGACAAGUGGAUGGUCGACGGCGAGUGGCAGAAGGGUGCCACGAGGGAAGACAUGAGCUGUAUGGUUGGAGAGACAAUGCAUGACCUGACCGACGAGGAGAUGAGAAGACUGGAAAAGUCCAUUGAGGAAGCCAAAAGAAUAGACGUUGCCCUACACGUGGACUGA